AUGGAGAGGUUUGGCCUCCGGGCAGAUGAUCUCCAAUGGUCCUCAAUACCAACCGAACUGCUCCUCGCGGAGCUGUCGAGACGCAGUGAUGCCGACGAACGACCAGCAUGCGGCUCCGGGAAGAAGGGGUACUAUGACACGGGCAUCCACGUGUUUGCCCUCUUCCUGAUUCUUACCCUGAGCACUCUGUCGUGCGGGUUCCCCCUCUUUUCCCAGCGCCUGACCAAGGGCAGCAAACGCCAGCGCAACAUCAUCUUCCUCUGCCAGCACUUCGGCACCGGCGUCCUGAUGGCCACCGCCUUUGUCCACCUCCUCCCGACAGCGUUUACCUCGUUGACCGACCCAUGCCUCCCGCACAUCUUCAGCGAAGGAUACCGGCCGCUCGCCGGGUUGAUUGCCAUGGUGUCUGCGUUCGUGGUGGUUGCGCUCGAGUCGUACUUGACAACGCGGGGCGCGGGACAUUCCCAUUCGCAUCACGCCUGGGAAGAGGAGGAGGACAGCGACGACGGCGACACGGCUGGCAAUGAACACGGGCACGCCGGCGAGUCCGCUUCGCGGCACCCCCGGCGCGACCUGCCGGCAAACAUUGCGCUCGACGACCUGGAGGCGACAGAGGGCUUGGUCGCGGGCGCGUCGCCUCUUCCGGGAUCCACGCCCACGAUGGCACCUCGUCGGGACAACCCGCUCAAGAGCCAGCGAGAUAGCACGCAGGGGAACGACCGCGAGUCGCUGGACCUGGAUCUCGGUUUCGAGGAGCUGCGCCAGAGCCCGGAACCGAGCCAGCAACGCAAGUCCGACCCCAGGCUCCCGCCCCUCCAGCGCGUCCCCAACCCCGACGAGCAGAAGCGCAUGAUGCUGCAGUGCGCUCUGCUCGAGGCCGGCAUCCUCUUUCAUAGCGUCUUCAUCGGCAUGGCGUUGUCAGUCGCCACCGGCCCGACCUUUGCCGUCUUCCUCAUCGCCAUCUCUUUCCACCAAUGCUUCGAAGGCCUCGCCCUCGGCACGCGCAUCGCCGCCCUGCACUUCCCGCGCUCCUCGCCGCGCCCGUGGCUGAUGGUCCUCGCCUUCGGCGCCACGACGCCCGUCGGCCAGGCCAUCGGCCUGUUCGUGCACAGCUUCUACGACCCAAUGAGCCAGACCGGCCUGCUGAUGGUGGGGUUCAUGAACGCCAUCUCGAGCGGCCUGUUGUUGUUUGCCGGCCUGGUCCAGCUGCUGGCCGAGGACUUUCUGAGCGAGAAGAGCUACAAGGUGCUGAAAGGGAGGAGGAGGGUGAACGCCUUCCUUGCCGUCGUCAGCGGCGCUGGGCUGAUGGCUGUUGUCGGGGCCUUUGCCUGA